AUGAUGCAUAAUUCAAAAUACCGAUGCCGACAACGUGUACAGCAACGGCAACGGAAUAUUCUUGCGAUUUCGAACCUCCACCGCCCAAUGCAGGAACACGUCAGCCACUAUAACAUUCGUCGGCAGCUCUAUCUUCGUCAUGACGGUCUCGACGAAGCCGGCAAUGUCGGCGCCGCAAUCCAUCUCCGACGGCAGGACAUUGGGUAUGGAGCAGAACCGCAUGUUCGAUGGCCGUGGCGGUGGCGGCGGCGGCUCCCUCUCCGGGAUGGAGAGGCAGCCGACCCACUGCUACUCCCUCUUCCAUGUCUCUAUUUCCAAGUUUAUGUCCAUGUGAGUUAUGACAACGGCAACCAGUAAGGCUAUGUCAUUUUAAUCUCCAGUGAAGCUGCUUAGAAUAUGUGAGCAUUUUUUUCGCAAAGAUUUUUGGUGUGUGGCAGUAAGCAACAGAUGCAUGGGAGUGAAAAGUAGAAGCCUCGUUGGAUAUUGAGAGGCUGCAGGGUGGCUCAAAAAUUAAAUGACAUUUUCUCCUUACGACUGAAUAUUAAUGCUGGUUAAAUUUUAUGUACUAGAUGCUUACAACUAUAGUCAUUUAAUAUUAUAUAAUUAUCUCAAAAUUUCUUUAUCGCCA